AUGAUUAUAGCCACCGCAUAUGUAACACUUUACACCGGCCGCAGCACAUUUCCCCCGUACACAAUACUUGCCACAGUAUUUACAAGGCGCUCGACGUUCGAAACGCUUGACGUUGCCACCCCUACGCUGACCGCCUCGAGCGCAGCUGGCGCCUGCGCUUGCGACGCUGCCGCUUUGAGUCGUGAAACCGCCGCUCGCAUUCCAUCGCUUGUUUUCGACAGCACGUUCUCGACUGUGCGCUUUAAUACGAUCUAUGGAUGCUUGCUCCGAGUCGACAGCAUGCAAUUC